AUCAUUUCAUUGGUCCGCGAGCUUCCGGCUUCUUCCUCUCGGUUCAGUUUCCCCAAACAGGUGAAACCAACACCAUUAUGAGUCCGAAUCUGGAUCAGAUUUAGGCAAGAUUUCACUCCUCUGAACACGGUUUUAGUUUCCCUAACGUUUCCCCCUGCUUGCCGUGCGGGAUUACCGACUAACUUGCGGUUGUCAACUGUUGCGGAUUAAUUUUGCUCGAAGCGGACCGCAACCAUGAUGGCGUCUAGCUACAACGCUAAGGAAGAGGACGGACCCCACUCGGGAUCUUCGACACACGGCGGGACGGAGGCUGCGAAAAAUAAAAAACCGGACAACACAGCGUUCAAACAGCAGAGACUUCCAGCCUGGCAGCCUAUCCUGACUGCUGGCACCGUGCUGCCCGCUUUCUUCGUUAUCGGACUCAUCUUCAUCCCCAUCGGGAUCGGCCUAUAUGUGACUUCAAACAAUAUAAAAGAGUUCGAGAUUGAUUACACUGGUUUGGAGCUGGGCAGUCCAUGCCAUGACUGCUCCACAAACCUCACCUGGAACAGCACAACACCAUGCGUCUGUGCCCUGAACUUCACAUUGGAGCAGCCGUUCGAGAGCAAUGUCUACAUGUACUACGGUCUAUCCAACUUCUACCAGAACCACAGACGUUAUGUGAAGUCCAGAGAUGACCGCCAGCUAAAUGGUGAUCCAACAUCUUUAAUGAAACCCAGUAAGGAAUGUGAGCCAUACCGUACAAGCGCAGAGACAAAAGAACCCAUAGCGCCAUGUGGAGCCAUAGCAAACAGCCUUUUCAAUGACACCCUGGAACUGUAUUACAUUGAACCCAAUGGCACCACAACUGCAAUUCAUUUGGCAAAGAAGGGGAUUGCAUGGUGGACAGAUAAGCAUGUGAAGUUCAGGAAUCCUGUGAACGAUAAAGAAAACCUCACUGAACUCUUCAAAGGCACAGCUAAGCCAGUGAACUGGAGGAAGCCAGUGUAUGAGUUGGACCCGUCUGAUCCUGAAAACAACGGCUUCAUCAACGAAGACUUCAUCGUUUGGAUGCGCACGGCCGCUCUGCCCACUUUUCGGAAGCUCUAUCGCAUCAUCCACAAGAAGCCGAGCACAACUUCGACUCUACCCAGCGGCAGAUACACCUUGAAAGUCACUUACAAUUACCCCGUUCACAGCUUCAGCGGCCGGAAGCGUAUGAUCCUGAGCACCAUUUCCUGGAUGGGAGGGAAGAACCCCUUCUUGGGCAUCGCCUACAUCACCGUGGGCUCCAUCUGCUUCUUCCUGGGUGUCGUUCUGCUCAUCAUCCACCAUAAAUACGACACCCGUAGCAACAGCGCCGAUAUUCCUAACUAAAUAGCUGGCGUGUGGGGUCUUAAAGUCUGCGCAUGCACCAAAGGACCUGAAGGGUCAGUUCUGGACUGCUUAGCUGUUUUAGUUCGGAUACACUGUGAAUGUCUGAAAUGUCACAUCUUAGCUGUGUUUACCUGUUCAUCAUCUGUGUGUUUUUGUGUGUAUAGCUUUAAUCUGGUCAUUUUCUGUUAUUUAUCUCCACAUCAAAGCUCUUGUUUUAUUGGAAGGUUGCUUUGCCUAUAGCUUAUUUGAAGGAUGUAUGUAUUGUUUAAAAGAGUUUGUUUGUAUGCUCUGUUGAAACCAGUCCUGCUGCUGAAUGUAACAUUUUACUUCAACUUUUCAAGAUGAUCUUUUACAGAAUGGGAUAUGUGUUGUGUGUGUGCUGUAAAUGGUGGUAAGCAUUAAAGUCUAACAAAGUAUUUAAUCCUGGGAAAUCAGGUGGUAUAGUCCUGGUAUAUACUCUCCACUCUAAUUGAUCUAGAUACAUUUAUGCUAAGCCAAUAUUCUUGAAUUGUGAAAUGCUUCCUGAGAAUGUAACAUUAUUAUGAUUUACCAAUAUAUCCAGUAUUCCCAAUUCCAAGAAUGUUGGACCAUGUUUCUGGCUAAUAAAACCACAAUAAUUCAUAUUUUUUUAAUUUAGUUUGGCCUGAGUGUUAAAUUGUGACAAAUCUUUAAUGUUGACCAAAUGAUAUGCACUUUACAAGUAUCACAUUUGUUAGCUUAUCCCUAUUUUCAUUAAAUUUUCUUUUACAAGGUGUUGAUACAAACAAUAGUUAUUUAAAUUUGAAAUUCUUGGGUUUUUUAAGGUUUGUAGGGUCCAAAUAAACUGUCAAUAUCUU